GUCCGAGCGGCGGCGGCGGAGCCUGUGCGGGGCCGGCGCGGGGAGGCCCUCCCGAGCCGCCUCCCGGCCCCGCUCAGAGCCAAAGGCACCGAGCGCCUGCCCGGGCGUGCCCCGGCCUCUGCCAUGUGCGCGCUGUGCCUGGCACCGGGCGGCACCUCCCGAGCUCGGCGGCAGGGCUCAGGCACGGCCUCGGGUUCGGCCUCGGUAGGGGCCAGGGCGGAGGGGCCCGCAGGAACCGCGGCGAGGAGUGCAGAGAGCAAAGCAACCGCUCGGGGACCUGCAUCGAUGGGCACCGCGGGCUGAAGGAGAAGGGACAGGCUCUGGGACGCGCAGCGGGCGAAGGCUGGAGGCGUCCAUGGCCAGGAGGGAAGAAGAGGAGAGCAGAGAAGCAAGAAGGGUCUUCUUGCCAAAACUACCUCAAGAACAAGGUGGGAGGCAGAGCAGCAGGCUGCAAUGUGCCCAGCUGCCACAGGAGGCAGGACACAGCCUUGGAUUCCCAGAGGUCACCUCCAGUCCAGGGAAGAAUCCACAGGCAGCUAAGGCUUGGAUUCAGGGGAGAAGGCUUCGAGCUGAGCUGGACAGCUUGGGCAGGCUGGAGCAGUGGCUGGCACAGAAACCUGCCCGCAGCCGUCAGGAGCAGAGCUGCUGGCAGAGGAUCAGGGAUGCCAGAGCAGAGCACAGGAGGGCUGCUGCCACAUCCACAUCAGCCACCAACCAUAGGCUGCAGGUCCCUGCCUGCCUGCCUGCCUGCCUGCAAGAUGUCCUGCUCCAGCCUGUGUGCUCCCUGCGGGGUGGCCGCCCCGGCCCCGCUGGCCGACACCUGCAACGAGCCCUGCGUGCGGCAGUGCCCUGACUCCACGGUGCUGAUCCAGCCCCCGGCCACGGUGGUCACCUUCCCCGGGCCCAUCAUGAGCAACUUCCCCCAGUACAGCGCCGUGGGCUCGGCAGGAGCCCCUGGGGUUGGGGGAGGCUACGGUGGCACUUUUGGGGGCUACGGAGGCUACGGAGGCCUUGGUGGCUAUGGAGGCUAUGGUGGCUCCUGGGGCUACGGAGGCCUUGGUGGCUAUGGAGGCUAUGGUGGCUCCUGGGGCUACGGAGGCUUUGGUGGCUAUGGAGGUUAUGGAGGCCUUGGUGGCUACUGGGGCUAUGGAGGCCUUGGUGGCUAUGGAGGCUAUGGAGGCUUUGGUGGCUGUGGGGGCUAUGGAGGCUACGGAGGCUUCGGGGGCUACGGCUAUGGGGGCUGGCGCCGAGGCCACCGCUACCUGAAUGGCAACUGUGGGCCCUGUUGAGCCCCACGCUGCUGCCAGCCAUGGAUGAAGACCUCCAGAGAUGCCCCUGGCACGUCCCAGCUCGACCCCCCAAGGAAGGAUCCCCUGCAGCACUGCCCUGCUCCAGGGGUCUGCUGCUCGCCUUGGGCCCAGCUCUGCCCUUCCCAUCUGCAUCUCAGCUUCCCUGCAAGACUUUGCCUCCCGAUGCUGGAGGCCUGUCCUGGUGCCUGCUGCCUUGGCACAGCUCCUGCUUGCUGUCCCUCUGCCUGCUGCCAGGACUUGUGACUUGCCCUUGGUCACAGCCCUGCUCUUCUCCUGCCCCCUGCUCCCCUGGAGCUGCAAUAAAAUCUCUCUUGCAUCUUA